UUAAACUUUCUCAACCAAAAAAAAAAAAAAAAAUAGUAUAAUGCUUCAAAGUCAUAUGACAAUCCUUCCAAUAAUGGCCAUCAACUUUCGACUGCUACGUCUUGGCUUCUUCAUUCUUUUACCAGUCGGACCAAACUUAGCCAGUGGUUCUUCUAUUGGAGUAUGCAAUGGAUUGAUUGGUGACAACUUACCAUCACUAAGGGAAGUACGUAGUUGCCAUGUACAAAUCAUAUAAUAUUGGACGAAUGACACUAAACGAGGUAGUUGCCAUAUGUACAAAUCAUAUAGUAUUACAAGAACUUCGAGGGUCUGGCAUUCGCGUCCUGGUUGGAGUGGCAGAUCAGGAUAUUCAAAGGCUUGCAAAUUCCUAUAGUGCAGCACAAGAUUGGGUCCAAAAGAACACCAGGUCUUAUUGGCCUGAUGUCCACUUUCGAUAUAUAGAUGUUGGAAAUGAAGUUAUCCCAGAAGAUUAUGCACAAUAUGUCCUCCCAGCAGCAAUACAGAACUUGCACAACGCAUUAAGCAUUGGAGGCCUUUGGCACCACAUCAAGGUUUCUACAUCAGUUGAAACAUCGGUGAUGGAUGUAUCUUAUCCACCUUCAGCAGGGAUUUUUGCUAUGAACACCAUGAAUUUUAUGGUACCUAUUGCACGCUACUUGAGCAGCAUUGGUGCACCACUCUUAGCAAAUGUGUACCCUUAUUUUAGCUACAUUGGAGAUCCUAUAAACAUUUCACUAGCUUAUGCAUUGUGCACUUCCACAAGUGUGGUUGUAAGGGAUGGAAAUUUACGUUAUAUUAACCUGUUUGAUGCCAUAGUUGAUGCAUUGCAUGCUUCACUAGAGAAAGCUGGAGCGCCCCAAGUCCCCGUGGUGGUGUCGGAGUCAGGGUGGCCCUCAGACGGCGAUGCAGGAGUGGCAAGCAUUCAUAAUGCACAAGUGUACAAUACAAACCUAAUAAAGCACGUGCUGUCAAAUGGUGGAACUCCAAAACGGCCUGGAAAUCCAAUUGACACAUGCAUAUUUAAUAUGUUUAACGAGGACUUAAAGGGUGGUGCUGCAGUGGAGAGACACUGGGGGUUGUUUUAUCGCAACAAGUCACUAGCUUACUGCUUACCCCAUUAAUUUCAUGUAAGAAUGCGUUUGGAUUUCACACUUGUUUUGUUGUAAGGUAAUCUCAUUGAAAACGAGUGUACUACUGCCACCAUAACUAUGAUAAGAGAACUUAAUUAUCAUUUUCAAA